GAGUCGGAGCGCGUCACUUAAUGUUUGCGGUACAACGUGAUUAAAUGCCGUCUCUUUACAAACCUCCCGACCUACCUAGGGUUGUGAAGAACAUAAAGUUUCAGCUGUGCAAUGAGGGUGACUUGAAAAGAUUGAGUCAUGUGCAAGUUCUUAAAUGUCUUUAUAUGGGGAAGGACAAAGCAGCAGAAAGGCCAUAGACUAUGGUCUUCUAGAUCCAAGACUGGGAGCAAAUAAAAGGGAUGAAUUGUGUGCCACUUGUGGUUUAGACUACCAAACAUGUGUUGGGCAUUGGGGAUACUUCGAUCUACCAACGCCAAUUUAUCAUGUCGGGUACACUUGGCAUAUAGUUAAAAUACUACAAUCAAUAUGUAAAACUUGCUCACGGGUUCUACUUUCCGACCAACAACGUUCCAAGUUUUUGUUGAGCUGUACCAAUCCCAACCUGGACUAUGUACAUAAAAAGCAGCUUCGCAAGGCAGUACAUAAACUAGCCAGCAGGACGCACGUUUGUCCGUUUUGCUCAGCAAUGAAUGGUGUUGUUACGAGAGGCACUAGCCUUUCAUACGUUGUUCAUGAUAUGUUUCGGCACGCCAAAGCAAAAAUUGACGAGUAUGUAAGUGGAUUCGCAAACCUAUCUUCAGAAAAUUUGGACCUGACGCAAGUUAUCCGAAAAGGCUUGGAGAUUAUAAGGCCGGGGAGAGCGCUGCAACUAUUUUCGAAAAUCCCGGAGGAAGAUUUACCGUUACUUCUCAUGCCUUCUGAUUCACAAUGGACGACACAUCCACGUGAUUUGAUUGUUCAGCGAAUUCCUGUUUGUCCCAGUGCAAUCAGACCAUCAGUUGUUUCGGAGGUGCGUAGUGGAACUAAUGAGGAUGAUCUUACUCAAAUGUAUCAGUGGAUAUUGGCUCAAGCCGCAACUAUUGAGGAAGAUAUCGGCGAGGCGGAUCAAAUCGCAUGCUUGGAUAAUUUACAUGCUGAAUUUGCCCGGCUAAUCAAUUCACAGCAAUCAGGUCUACCUCCUGUUCAAGAUCAUAAGUUUAUGCGUGGUUUGCUUCAGCGACUGGCCGGUAAACAUGGUCGAUUUCGUGGUAGUUUAUUGGGUAAACGAACAAAUUUCACCGCUCGAACUGUCAUCUCACCAGAUCCGAAUAUGCGAAUAGAUGAGGUAUGCAUUCCAGUCCACUGUGCUACAUUGCUUACUUACCCUGAACACGUGACUGAAUUCAAUUUAUCCUUCCUUCGAACACUUGUUCUAAAUGGGCCUAAUAAUUACCCAGGUGCUCUGUUUGUCAGUUAUAAACUACGUGGUGAGAAAAAACGUCAAGCCGAGGCCACUGGUGCCUCUGAUACAGUGAAGCGUUUCUUGGCAUCUGAACGUGCGCGUGAAGAUGUUGCAAGAUAUUUACAGCCAGGUGAUGUAGUUGAAAGACACUUACUCGAUGAUGAUAUUGUACUCUUUAAUCGUCAACCUUCACUGCAUCGUGUGUCUAUUCAGGCAUUUAGAGCUGUUGUGAAACCCUUUCGAACUUUUCGUUUCAAUCCGUGCUGUUGUACACCAUUCAAUGCAGAUUUCGAUGGUGAUGAAAUGAAUAUCCACCUUCCUCAGACUGAAGCAGCACGCGCCGAAGCAAAACACCUUAUGCUAUCUCUUAAGAAUAUUGUUAGCCCUAAAAAUGGUGAGCCGUUGAUUUCACCAAUUCAGGAUUUGAUCACUGCAACACAUUUAUUAACCCUGAAGGAUGUUUUCCUUAAUCGUGAUCAAGCUUUUGGUUUAGCUGCUCAACUGUUGGCUGGCAAUCAUUUAGGCCGACCAUUAGGUCUACCAAAACCAGCUAUAUUAUGGCCUGUCUCUUUAUGGACUGGUAAACAAAUAUUCGGUCUUAUUCUUUCACAACACCCUUCAACUGGUAUUAAAGUUAACCUUCGAGUGGCAACAAAAUCAAUGUAUUCAUCAAGAGGUGAAGAAAUGUGUCCAAAUGAUGGCUUUGUCCUAAUUCGAAAUAGUGAACUUCUUGCAGGAUGUAUGGAUAAAAAGCUUCUUGGGGGUGGUAGUAAAUCAAGCAUAUUUUAUACACUUCUUCGAGAUUAUGGAAGAGAAGCUUGUGCAGAUGCUAUGUGGCGCUUAGGCAGAAUUGCCUUAUUCUUUCUUGCUCAUCGAGGUUUUUCAAUUGGACUCGGCGAAGUAAUGCCUAGUUCAGAGCUUGUUGCGUCGAAAACUGCAGUAAUUAACCGUGGCUUUGCUACUUGCGAUAGCUAUAUCAAACAAUAUCAGAUGAAUACUCUGGUCUGCAAUCCGGGAUGCAGCAUGGAAGAUACACUUGAAUCCAAUUUGAGUCAAGAACUGUCGAAAAUUCGUGAUGAAGCAGGUGCAGCUUGUAAACGUCAACUUCAUCCAUCUAACUCACCGCUUGUAAUGGCUCAGUCAGGGUCAAAAGGUUCCUUCUUGAAUAUAUCGCAAAUGAUUGCUUGUGUUGGUCAACAAGUUAUUGGUGGGAAACGUGUUCCUGAUGUGAUUAACGGGCGUAGUCUGAUUCAUUUCCCUCCAGGAUCACGAACUCCUGAAGCAAAAGGUUUUGUAGGGAACAGUUUCUAUUCGGGUCUUUCACCAUCGGAAUUCUUCUUUCAUGCAAUGAGUGGUCGUGAAGGUCUGACUGAUACCGCUGUGAAGACUGCAGAUACAGGUUAUAUGCAAAGAAGGCUAGUUAAGUUUCUUGAAGAUUUGGCAGUAGCCUACGAUGAUACUGUACGUGAUAGUCGGGGCGAUAUAAUUCAAUUUCGUUAUGGUUCAGAUGGUUUAGACCCUUUGGAAAUGGAGACAGAUACAUUACCAGUGAAUUUUGCCAAAGAAAUGGAACAUAUAAGAGCUAGUUAUGAGUGUUCAGAUGAAGUUGGAAUGUCUGCUGAUCAAAUAGAAUUAGCAUUAGAAUUAGUUUUUCAACUGGAUGCAUUCAAUCGUUUGGAUAGUUAUAUAUGUUUAGCAAUCAAAGAUUUUAUUCUCAAUUCAGUUUGCCCACGAAUUCGUAGAUGGCAACAAUGGUGUAUGAACAAUACAAAUGAUGUAAACUUAAUCAAUCAAAAUGAACGUUUGACUAGAACUCAACUUCGUAUAUUUUUGAUGCAUGUUAAAUCGAAAUAUGAAAAAGCCUUGAUUGAGCCGGGAACAGCUGUUGGUGCAUUAUGUGGCCAGUCAGUUGGUGAACCAGCUACUCAAAUGACAUUGAAAACAUUUCAUUUUGCUGGUGUGGCUAGUAUGAAUAUUACUCAGGGUGUUCCUCGUAUGCGUGAAAUUGUCAAUGCAGCAGCCAAAAUAAAAACUCCGUUGAUAUGUGUAACCUUGACAGAUCCUUUCUCGGCAUCACUGGCACGCCAAGUGAAAUUAUCUAUUGAACCAACACGAUUAGCAGAUAUAUCAUUGUCGUUAAGUCAGUGUUUAACACCAGAAUAUGUAUAUGUUGCCAUUAAAUUGGAUAAAAAGCGUAUGGCUAGACGAGGUAUUACAACACCCCAAGUUGCUACAGCUAUUCAAAUGGCAAAGUUGAAGAGAAUCAAACUGUCGCGCGUAACCUAUUCGAAAGACAGCAUAUUUGUAUACCCAGUGGAUUUGAAUGCUCUAGAGACUGUUGUCAAAUUGGUGGAAGACGUGGUUGUCAAGGGUAUACCUGGUGUAUCACGUGUUGUAAUUCAACAGGAUAGAGGGGAACAUCGAAUUUUUGUUGAAGGAGCCCGAUUACGUGAGGUCAUGUCUGUACCUGGAGUUGUUUCUGAGUGUACACGCAGUAACAAUAUUUUAGAAGUGGAACAAGUUUUAGGCGUUGAAGCAGCUCGACGUGUAGUGAUUGACGAAUUGUUAGCUGUUAUGGAAGGUCAUGGUGUGGAAGUCAAUGUGCGUCAUGUGAUGUUGUUGGCUGAUGUAAUGACUAAUAGGGGCGAAGUAUGCGGCUAUCAACGAACUGGUAUGGCUAAGGCUAAAAACAGUGUGCUCUGUUUGGCUUCUUUUGAACGUACUGGUGAUCAUCUGUUUGAAGCUGCCUAUCAUUGUCAAGAUGACCAGUUGACUGGUAAGUAAGCAUUUUCGAUCGGUUGGUUUCUUUUUUUGUCAGUGUCUGUUAUUAUUUCACAAACAAACUGUUGCAGGAGCUUCUCGUCAACUCGAAGAUUGCUUUCAUUGUGAAUCAACACCAGUUGUCAUUAUUUUGCUUACCUAGGCGCGUGUCACUCUUCUAACGUGUUCACUGUGAGGAUCAGAGGGAUCAGUUAGUGAUUUUCCAACUUCAGUGUCCUUAGGUUCAAAAUUACUUUCUUCAAGUAAAUACGACGGUUUGUGUUGAAACCGAUCAUCAAGUUUAUUUUUUAUCCUUUUCCAUCAUAGUUAUCAUUAUUCAUUUUUCUAUUGUUUUUACAUAGAAGGAAAUAAUGCAAGGUCUAUCAAGAUUUGGUGAAUAUUCUAGUAAAAAGUGAGGUGCAGCCGAUCACGUUCACCCCUUUUCCAUCGUCAAAAAACCCUGUAUAAUAUCUCUAACGAAACAAAUGAUGUAAAGUAGAAUCAUCAAUUUGAAAAUGAUUUGCAAACUUCACGAUCCACCUUGAUAUUUCCUACGGCUGAGUAUUUUUUCAACUGCCCAAAAGGGUUUCUGCUGGAAACCACUCAGCCAAGAUCACAAGGUGUUACCUCUGACAUAAAAGCGUCGUGAACUAGCGAAAUGUACUACUAACGAACAAAUUAAGUAGUUGGGAAUCCUUCAGACUGAUGUGUAUUACCAAGCCAACCAGAUCAGAGUGUUCUAAACACCGGACGGUUUUUUCGCUUAUUUAGGCCUGAGCUUAUCAGUGGUGUACCUAGGCAAAUUCAACUCAUAGAGCCUAAUUAGUUCAGACCACCUGAUCUGGAUAGCUGACUCACAUGGACCGGUAUACCUAAAAUAGAAUGAUCAGUUUGCGAGUGAUAUACAAAUUCCAUGGUCCAGGGUGAUUCAGGUUUGGCCAGAAACGAGCGAAAUGACCGUCCUGUGUUUAGAUCACUCUGCUCUGGCUGGCGAAAUACUACAGAUCAACCUGAUGGGUUCCCAACUACUCAGUUUAUUCACUUGUAGUAUCUUCCACAUCGAGUGACAUAAUUGUUGUGAUUUGCUGAUACUUGUAAUUUCUCGUUGGUAUACUAGAUCGACGUGACUGGCCUCUGUUGGCUUGUGGGCUCCUCUGUGAAUACCCAUUGCAGUAGAUGCGCCUCAUCAGCCUAGUGGUUAACGCUUUGAUCUCUGAAGCGAUGGACGCAGGGUUUGAGCCUCAGUGGGAACAGCAUCAUCUACUGGGAUGCAGGAACAUCCAGAUAACAUAUGCUAAAUCGGAUGAAACGCGCGUCCUCGAUCCCACUGCUAACUGUCACCAAUUAGAUCACAAAAAUGAUGUAAUCUUUAUGCUAUGUAUGUAUUUCUAUCCGGUCUUUCUGCUCCUAUUUUCUAUCUUCCUCUAGGUGUUACCGAAAGCAUUAUUCUGGGGAAUCCCACUAAAGUUGGAACUGGCACAUUUGAUUUGCUAAGUGAUAGAUGGGAAAGAAAUUUUGAACUCGAGAUAAAACCAACACUGCUGGAGUUCUGAGACGGAUAUAUUCCAUCAUUUGUGUAUAUAUGAAUACUCAUCUCUUAUUUAUGUACAAAAUCGAUUUUCUCAAUCGUCUGCUUAUUUUUUAUAUAUAUCUUAUAAAAUGAAGCUUUUUAUAUUUGUGUCAGUGUUGUUGUCAUUCUGUAGAUGAAAUCUGUAUACUAGUCGGCUUUGAAACCGGUUACAAUCGAUAUGAUGAUUGUAACUUCUUUUAGUCUGUUAUUUAUUGGUACAGGAUGUUAACAGUUUGUAUGUAUCUAUAAAAUGGAUUGGUACAAAAAAUCUCUACCAAUAGCUUCCUUCGAAAUAUUGAAAGUUUCUUUCAUACACUACACUGUAACAGACUUUCAAGUGAAUCAUCAUUUGAAAAUGUCUCUGAAAACAACACUUUAAGUGACCAGUAAAUUGCUCCUUUUUCUUCAGUUACUGAGCUUAUCCAGUUGGUUGGGUCAAUAAAGUUCCUUAUGUGAACAAAGAAACACUUUAUCCUAAUAACAAAAUCCUUCGUAAUACGAAUGUACAUGUGAAUUUUUAAUUAAUCAUUAAAACCCUUCCUCAAAUGAUUUUAAAUGUUUCAAGAUUUUCAUGAAAUUUAAUAAAACAAUCUG